AUGUCAACAAUCGGCACAACAACAAUUCAAACAACAGCACCAAACUCGUUAGUCAUGAAUCCAACAUCUAUGUUAGUAGAAAUGAAAAGCUUCAUUCCUACUUUCGAAACAGAAAUACAAAGAAUAAAGCAGGAACUUUUAACAAGUAAUUUAGACUGUACCGCACAGGAUGAAACAAAUGAACAGUAUCUUUAUGAAAUGGAGGACCUCAUCGACCAUUUGCCUAAACUACCUGAAAUCCAACAGCAAAAACUAACUAUUCCUGAAUUCGACGAAAUUGAAGUCAAAGCAACUGACUCAGUAGAAAUAAAGAAGUUCAUACGAAAGGUAAAUUAUGAAUUCCUUGGUUUUCAUUGCAACCAUAAAGUUAUGGACAAAGAUUGCGACAUGGUAUAUAAGAACAUCUCUGACAUAUAUAAAUCUGGGGAGUUUAAGACAUACGACAACUUUGUUUCAUUAGCUGCAAAAUGUGUAUGGCAGAUAAGAGAUAAAGAUAGAAGAGGUAAGGUAUGGGAUGAACAGAUAAACCCAACUGCUUCGGAUUUAAAGAAAACCAUUGACGCCUUGGUUGUUUUAGCAGGUAAGGUUUCAGAAUAUAACGCAAAAAUGAACCCGCAAUGUUCUAAUUGUAAAGCGGCAAUGAGGAGAUAUAACUACUCC